AUGGAAUAUGGUAGGCAUUCCUUGCUGUCAUGCCAUAGCUUGCAUUUAUUUUGUGAACCAAGAACCUGAGGUAUUUGUUGAUGAAUGUUACAAAGUUGAGACUUAUAAGAAGGCCUACAGUGGUUGUAUACCUCCAUGUGAAGGUGAGAGGUAUUGGCCAAGAUGUCCAUGCAAUUUGGACCCCCCUCCUAUCAAGAUAGGUCCUGGUAGGCCAAGAAAGAACAGAAUUAAGCACCCUCUUGAGAAUCCUAAGAAGCCAGGGUCAUUGAGUAGGGCAGGAGUAGAAAUGACUUGUAGCAUAUGCAAGAAGAAGGGUCAUAACAAGAGAGGCUGCAAAGACAAGGAUUCUGUUGUCCCUGAUGAACCAGCACCCAAAAGACCCAAGGGAAGACCAAGAAAGACUGCCCCAUCUACUGAUGUAACCUCACAUGCCCCAUCUACACAAGCAACCCCAACACCCACCCUGACACAGACUGCAUCAUCUUCAACUCCUGCAACACAAUUUGCCCACCAUACUGCUACUGCACAGCCAACUCAACUAGGCAGGGGUGGAAGAAUGAUACUUGGAGGUCAAGGUGCUAGAAGUGUCAGUCAAAGCAGCACCAGAGGAAGAAGCUCGGCUGGUAGAGGGUCUACAACUACAAGUAGGGGAAGAGGAAGGGGAAGGGGAAGAGCACAACCAUCAGGAAUUGGGAUAAUGUUUGCUGAUGAUGGAAGCCCAAUUGUUACAGCACCAAGUACCAGACCAAACACAAGAUCUAUCUCCCAGAUGCAGCAGUGAUCAAG